AUGAAACAUGAACUCCUUGUGACAUGGGCUUUGGAAGUCGCAGAAGUGGAGCCGCAGGCCGCGGAAACAAGGUUUUGUGAAAGUGUAGUUUGGGUGUUUCGCCAGUCAUGCAUUGGCUUGAGAAGGCGGCAAGGUUGGUGCAGUUGUUCAGCCUCUGCGGAUCAAGGCACAACGGCCAAGCUUCGCUUCGAUGACUCCUCCUGGUCAGUGGAACGGCAUGUGGCUGGUACCAUUCAUCAGUGGUUGGAGCAGGUUCCACGACCGAGACUGUGGAAGCCGUCGCAACCAGAACUCCAUACACUGACGCUUGCCCUGUUCUCUGAGGGUGCGCAGGUUGAUGCUGUGCAAGUUCGCUUCGGACUGCGUGUAGUAGAGGCAAGGGACAGCCAAAUUCUGAUCAAUGGCGAACCAACCCUACUGCUUGGAGUGAACAGGCAUGAGAGCAAUCCAUCAGGGGGAAUUUUCAUGACGUCCAUGCAGCUUCAACGGGACAUCGAUUUACUAAAGGAACUUGGCGCCAACUUUGUCCGUGGAUCUCAUUACAGCCAGGACCAGCGAUUCCUGGACCUCUGUGAUGAACAUGGGAUCUUGGUUUGGGAAGAGACUGUAGCCUGGCAGCCAACUCUGGAAGACUUUCAGGAUCCAAACUUCCUGGGCCAGCAAAUACAAGCCUUGGAUGAGACCAUUGACGCUUCCAUGAACCACCCAAGUGUCAUUAUGUGGGGAUUUCUGAAUGAAGGCGAGGCGAACCUCUGGGCCUCCAGGGAAGCAUACCAGCAGCUGGCAACCUUCACAAAGCAGAAGGAUGCAUCUCGCUUGGUGUCCUGGGCGUCAAGGCAUAAGUUGCAAGACAAAACCUUGGAUUUGGCUGACGUCAUAGCCUUCAAUGACUACCCAGGUUGGUACGAUGCAGCCGUGUCCGAAAUUCCCUCCACUUGGCAGAGAUAUGCCGACUGGGUUCGGGCUCGACACCCUGGCAAGGCCAUACUCAUCGCCGAAGCCGGGGCCAGUGGCUUGGCCACCUUUCGCCGACCUGCGAACAUAUCUGGCACGGGCCUGGAGAUGUGGUCCGAAGAUCUGCAGGCUGCCAUUGUAGGAGCGACGAUCUCUGCUGGGGUUGCAGCGGGCUUUGCUGGAGUGGUGCUAUGGCAAUUUGCAGACUCGCGGGUGGACAUUGCUUUGCUUGAGGCAGCACCUUCAACACAGCCGAGGCUCUCUCUUCCUCCGGUGUUGGAUGUUGAUGCUGCCUGGGUGGAGCAAGUGGCGGUGGGAUACCAAAUUACCAAUUCCCCUUUUGGCCAUCACAUGGCUUUGCGGCCAAGAGGAUUGAACAACAAAGGCUUGGUAUCACUCUCCAGGCAGCAUCGCAAGCUUGCCUUUGAAGUUGCCAAGGAUGGAUUCCAGGGAUUCUGCACCAGCUUUGUACCGGGUAAGCCAUUGGAACCAACACAACCAAUGCCGAUGAUCGAGCUGGAGUCGAUGGGUUCCAUGCAGCCAAUGCAAGGAGGUUGUGUGGGCUGCAUGUUGGCCGUCCACACCUGGAAUCCAGCAGAUAGGCCACAGGGAGAGCCGGGCCUGCGAGUGCAUGGCCAUCGGUUACCAUCUCGUGCAGCACGCUGGGUCUUGAAAGCCGGGCUACUGACUCUUGCAGGACACUCAGAUGGCCGCCUUACGGCUGCCGGCGGCUUCUUGACUGUGGCAGGUGCACGGGAUGCGGUCUCCAGCUAUGUAGCUGUGAGAGAAGCGGCCUCAUCGCUCUGGCGUCUUGAAGCGGCACAGCACCGGCCGACUUCUGUUCUGCUGCGGGUGAUUGCUGGAAAGUGGUGUGGCGGGGUGUUGUCACUAUACUCCGGGGGCCGCCCGCAAGACCUGCGAGACGAGAAUUCUGUUUACGCGACGGUACAUAUGGAUGCAUCCUUGGCCACUUUCUUUGAAGUGAAGCCUGCUCUCGAAUGA